AUGAUAUGUGUCCAGCGGAUCCAUGUGCGUUUGCUUUCGAGGUCUCUGGUGCGGUUUGCCCGAGGCUCGGAGAUAGGCAAUGAAAGGAUCAAGAAUCCCUCUACCAACAAGGCCACAACCAGACAACAGCGCAUCGAUGCCAUCAACAUGAGGACACAGUCCAAGUUGUUCAAGGUAGACAAUGAGUUUGCUAUUUUUGAUCAUUCGGUACAAAAGGUGCUUGAUUUGGGAUGUGUUCCCGGCAAUUGGAUGGCGUACUCUAAGUUUCGGUUGUGCCAGUUGCAUAAUUUACAAGAGGAAAACUUCAAUGAAAAAUGCCACAUUCUAGGGUUCGACUUGUUAUUUGGUACCCCGCCUCCAGGUGUGUCCUUAAUCCAAGGUAACAUCUUUUCGAAGAUGGCUCACGAAAACAUAUUGACACACUUCAAAGAAAUAGCAUUGAGAGACUUGGAUCGAAACACCAAGAUAGAAGAAACAGACUUUAAUGACCUGUACUAUUACAAAGAGCAGCACGAGACUGCACUAGAGCAAGAAAUAGACCGUUUGGCCAAAAAUAUGGGAAGACUCUCCGUGGUAGAUAUUCCUGCUGAAGUUGUGCACCAGGGAAAAUUGAAAAGGAACCAAUUGUUACAAUCCAUAGAAUAUAGACCAGACUUGAUUCUUUCGGAUCUCGGAAAGCCCUUCAUGCAGCAAGAUGGGUUCUUCAACCAAACCAACAGUCGCCCUUAUCAGAGAUACCAUUUGAAUGAUUCACUCAAUCGCCCAACCCAUGAGCCUUUGAAGUCAUCCAUUGACUUGGCUGAUGCUUCUUUAUUCUUAUGCGGUAACGUUUUGAAACCAAAAGGCACCAUGGUGUUAAGAUUAGCAAGGGUAAGUCCAUCCGAUCCUGAACUUUCGUUAUUGCAUUCUCGUCUCGAAUCUGUGUUUGGAACCGUAACGAAAUGGAGCAACGAAACUAAAAUUAAAGAUAACGUUGAUGAAGACGAAAUAUUCUUCAUAUGUAAAGACAAACGCAAAGACAGCGAAUUUGACUUGAAGAAAAUGUUCUACCUUUAA